AUGGCGCCCAUCCCAGUGACAAUUGUCACGGGCUUCCUCGGCUCCGGCAAAACAACUCUCCUCCUAAACCUCAUCCCGCAACUGCCCAAAACCUACAAACUCGCCCUUCUCAAAAACGAAUACGGCGACGUCGCAGUCGACUCCCAACUCGCCUCAGCACAAUCAAUCUCCGGCGUCCGCGAACUCCUCAAUGGCUGCAUCUGUUGUAAUCUUGUAGGCCAACUCAGCGACGCGCUCCAACAACUCCGCGACACCGUCAGCCCAGAUCGCAUCGUGAUUGAAACCAGCGGGAGCGCAUUUCCCGCCACACUCGCGAUGGAAGUGAACCGGCUUUCGCGCGAGGGAGAAGGCGAGUUUAUUCUCGACGGCGUCAUUAGUGUGAUUGAUGUUGAGAAUUGGGAGGGGUAUGAGGAUACGUCGUAUACGGCAAAGAUUCAGGCGAAGUAUACGGAUCUGAUUAUCUUUAAUAAAUGGGAGUCUGUUCCUGAGGAGCGGUUUGAUAUUUGCCUUGAUCGAGUUGGUGAUUUGGGGAUUGAGACGCCGUGGGUCAAGUCGGAUAAGGGAAGUGUGGAUAAGGAGGUUUUGCUUGGGAUUGAUGGGGCGUUGUUUGCGAAGGAGGAAUAUGAGCAUGCGCAUGAGCAUGGACACGGCGAUCAUGAGCAUAAGCAUGAUCAUCAGUCGGAGGUUGAGGUUUUGAGUGUGGUGUUGAAGGGGAAGGGGGUUGAUGUCGAAAAGCUUGAGGGACUUCUUGCGAUGGCGCCGAGAGAGGAGGUUUAUCGCAUUAAGGGCAUUUUCAGGGCGGAUGCGCAGAAGCCGCCAGCAGAGACUUCGGAUGACCUUCAGAAGAGGGUUCAGGGAGAUGGAGUGCAUUACUACAUUCUGAAUGGGGCGUUUGGUCGUUGGACUUGCACGCCAUCCAGUGUUGUUGCUGAGUCGGCGGAUGAGAGUGUUGCGGCGCGUCUGACGUUCAUUCUAGCACGCUACGAGUCGACCAAGUGGAAGAAGAAGUUGGAGGCUGGAGGCCUGUUGCAAACCACGGAAGUGGCCGAGGGGCAGUUGACGGUUGAGCGGUUGGUGUAA